AACCGGAAGCCGGUAGGCUGUGCUCGUGCGUGCCUCGCCAGCGUUAAACCACAUGUGUCUUGCGUACCGUUUCGCCCGUGGAAAAAGCUCCGCCGAAAAUGCGCCGUGUUUACGUAAUCCGCGGUAACGCGACGCCAUGCCGGUGCUGGUAGACGCGUGAGUUGAGCGCGAGGUGCAGUCAACGAAAUAUCGCGUAAUUCGCCGUGAUUCGCGAAGUCACGCGGGGCCGCGCGACCAGUGCGUAUCGGAGGACCGAAGAUACGAACGACUGCGUGUGCGUGCCGUGACCGACCACCGCUGUUUGCCAGCAUCCUCGCGGCGAGUCGUGCACGUAUGGUGCGCAUCCGGAAUAUUCACCGACGACCGUUCGCCGGUUAGAGGAGGGCGGUCUCGCGAAUCCUCGUGCGUCGUACGGAUCACCGCGUGUAACCUACGCCGGGAGUUUCGUGUCGCGGCAAAAGUCGCCGAGUCAGCGCGCUCUCGCUUGAAAAAUCCGCCGGAAAGCACGAGGCCACGAGGUGCUCGUGCCACCGCGUCAUCGUAUUACCGCAUCGCGGUCUUCACGCGAUCGAAUCGGCCGGAAGGAGGUAGGAGUCGCAGCAGCACGUGCACCGUGGACGUACGUGCGCGUAUCAAGUAGGCCCGCAUCUGCUUUGUUCGGGCGACCGCGUGUUCCGACGCCGUGCGCGCGUGCGUCUCGCGCGAGAGGAGCGAAUUCUCAAAGGUGCGUUCUAAUCACCGAGGUGGGUGAGUCGAGCUAAUAGAAAAUAUCGCCGUGGCGCUCCCCCCUCGUCGACGAGAGCGGCCGCGCACGCGACUAAGUCCCUCGUCAGCAUGGAGAGGGGCAUGUGAAGUGCGAGCACGCAUGCGAGGUUAGAUCGCGUAUCGCGUGAAUCGCCGUGUUUCGUCGCACCUCGGCAAACGUGAGGAUCAUCCCGGCUGUCGCGAGAAGAAACUCCUCGACAGCAGUGAGGGGGACACCGACGACGACGACGACGAGACCCGUUAACCGGGUUCGACGCGCGGCCUCGUGCACGGUGCCCAAAACCUCGUGUUUUUGUCCCCGUAGUUACGUCAGUUCGCCGUGAGAUGGCAGCUAAGGUGGCCGGCCAAGGGGGCGCUCAGAGCGCCAAUGAGAGGCAGGAGGCGGGGCCUUGCCAAUCCUACGCCAGUGUGCUGAAUCCAAAGGGCUCGCAGAACCGCUCGACGAGUUCUUCCCUGAAGGGCUGUAACAAAGAGAACAUCGAUGGACAGGUAUCGGUUUCACAGCAGCCUCAGCAGCAGCAAGCGAAGAUGGUUGUGAAGGAGAACAUAGUGCCAAGCGUGAGUAAGAACAGAUCCAGUCAACACGUCGGUCGAUGUCAGUCGACGCAGGUAGUUCAGUCGAAGCAGCACGUGGAGAUUUCCGUAUCGGGCUUGCCAAACGACACGCGCAUCAAUAUCGAGAUCACCGAUAGUCGCAAGGGAGCCACGUCGAGCUUGCCACUCGCAGGGCACGAUAAACGUGAUCAUAGCGAGCAACGAGAAGAAUCACCGCAAUUUGAGGAACUUGUAAAUAAGGUUGUCAGUGACGGCGUCGGGAGCGACGGUGAUUUCCAGACGGUCGCGCCGAAGAGCGCUCGUCGUAAGGAGAAGAUGCACCGCGAGCAGCAGCAGCAGCCGCAUCGCGAAGCGCACAACCGGCGUCGCGAAAACAACCGCCAUCAACCACGUGGUCACAGUGGCGUGGGAGGUGCGAGUAUCGCUGGUAGACGCGGCAGUGAUGAGAGACCGCACAGAGAGCGCAGCGACCGUAAUGGCGUCGUCGAGCACGGCCCGAAAGAGGCCCAUUAUUGCAAGGAUGAUGAAAAUGUCGAGCUGGAAGUGCAAACGGCAUCUUCGUCCCCCGUUAAAUACGUAGAGGCGCCGCUGCCUAGAGUGAAUCCGUGGAUGAAGAACAAUACGCCGCUCACAUCUGCGACGACACAGACGUCCACCUCGCAAGCUUCAACGUCCACGCAAACGCCUCCGACGGUACCCAAAUGCUCCGACAGACAAAGCGACAAAGAAAGGCGAGUGCUGCAACCACAACAACCACAGCAAAAGCAACCUGCAAUCGAAAAUGGUAUCGAAAGCAGUGCUCAGCCUACAAUUGUCAGAGCCCCCAGAGAUAGGAGGAGGAUCAAUCAAAACGCAAGUGAUUUUUCGAACAUUGGCGAUUGGCCGACUUUAGGAAAGCAGACAGAGAGGAAAGCCAUAUCUUCGAAACAAAAUGUUACUAACGGUGUUACUAACGGCGAGUCAAGCAACUCGAAAACGAAUAGCACCAGCACAAACCUCGAAAAUAGAGGCAAGGAGAAUAAAGAACAAAACCACUGCCAGGAUGAUAACGAUGAACAAACGGAAAACAAUGAAAAGAAAAGGAAAGUUGACGAGUCUGAGUCUGAUACCAUUUUUACAGUGAAUAAACAAAAAUGGGUUCCGUUAGACAUCGACUUGUCGCAGAAUCGUGGAAAUUCGCGAUCGCAGAGAUAUAACCACAGGGAGAGGAAUGGCGAAGCAAACGAUGGUGAACACUGGCGUGAAAGAGAUUAUAACAGAUCGUCAGGAUACAAUCAGCGAGGGCGCAAUGGAAGAAAUUAUAGAAGUAGAGGACGGGGCGGACGCGACCGUGGUAAUUUCAGACAGCGACACGAAUACACGUACUACCCCACGGAUUACACACAGAUGAAGUAUGAGAACACAGACGCUGGGUACAUGAUACCUUAUAUGGGCACUUGCUACUUCAAUGAUCCGAAUUAUGUCGUCGCAUUGAAGGACUCGAUAAGACAACAAAUAGAGUAUUACUUUUCUGAAGAAAAUCUCGUGAAAGAUUUCUACCUCCGUCGUAGAAUGGACGCUCAAGGAUUUUUACCUGUUGUCUUGGUUGCCUCUUUCUCACGUGUACAAAGCUUAACGAUGGAUUUGCACUUGGUGUUAGAGUCUGUUCUAGAAUCUGAAAAACUCGAAGUGAUAGAGUUCGAGGAUGGAUACAAGAUUAGAACAAGAUUUGAUCCGUUAAAAUGGCCCGUCUCGGAAGCGAGCUAUUACGCUGCCAAAUCAGAAGAAUGUACUCCAUCCUCGAACGAAGUAACGUUUCCUACUUGUGAAGAUGCGUUUUACCCCUCCGCAAAGAUUUUAACCACAGUACCCAAUCCCCCAGUUCCCCUCGUUUAUAUGGCGGGGCAGCGCAGUAAAUCGCAGAGUACAUCCUCGUCGAUAAGCGAGACUUUAAAUCCUGAUGUACCGGAAUUCGUGCCGAUGGAAUUAAUGGGAAGGAUCAAUGAUUUUCUUGCGGUGGAUAUGUGCGACGAGAUGAAUAAUGAGAAUCGAUUUGUGAAGGAGAACACUGCCGAGGAGUCACCAAGUAGUGUAAUAAUUGUCUUUGAUAAUAAUCUUCUUGUGAAAAUAGACAAUGAACCAAUCGCAGCGGGUUCCUCCUCCACUUCAAAUAAUGUGUUCGAGGGAGAAGUGAACGAAGAAAAAUCAGAAUCGUCGAGUGAUAAUGCUUGGCAGGAGGUGAGACGAAGAGUCAAGCAAUCGCACAAAGAGAGAUCUGAAGAAAAAGAGAAGAUUGAUACCACCAAGAACGUCGCACGGGAGGAACUGGAUUUUCAAUUUGACGAAGAUUAUGACAUAUCACCUCCGACUGGUCGUCAUAACGCCUUUUCGGAAUGGUCUGAGGAUGAUGAAGAUUAUCUGUCGGACAGAGAUAUUAAUAAGCUGCUUAUCUUCACGCAGACCAGUUUUCCAUCAUCUAGAGCCCCAAAGCACGAGGGUUACGAUAGAACAGGAGAUUGGACUACUAGAGUGAAAAUAACUCAAGAAUUAGAACAAUUCAUUAAUGCUGAAUUGUCUGAUUAUGCGCAAGAGCAAGUAAGGAAGCAAGACAGUCAAAGUUAUGGCUCGUCCUCGUCUAGUGGAAGUUACAAAACAGUCAAUAUUGUUAGCCAGAAAGAUUUUGAGAAAAUGGCACCGAAAGCCCCAAGAAAGGCGAAUCCAGAAGUUCCACCACCACCUCCUUUCGCUAUAGAAGAUUUAGAAAGUCCGCAAUCGGCCUCACCACCUCAGCUUCCAAGUACAAGUCAAGACUUUUCAAAGAAAGAUCACAAGCCGGAAAAGAAUCGCUGGAGCGAAAGGCCACGUGCAAAAGAGGGACUAAGAGUCGCACCUCGUUUCUUCGCCGUUGUGAAAGAUAAGUCCGUUGAUCCGAGAACACCACGAAAGAGAAAGACCCGUCAUAGCAAUAACCCUCCGGUGGAGCAUCAUGUUGGCUGGAUCAUGGACGUUCGAGAACAUCGUCCGAGGACAUACUCAGGAAGUAGCGCGGGCACGAGUCCUAAUGAGGGCUACCUAGCGAACAGUUACGGUAGCAUGCCCAGUAUCUGCGAACAUCCCAGUCAUGCAUUGUUGAAGGAAAGUGGAUUUACGCAGCAAGCAUAUCACAAGUAUCGUUCACGCUGCCUGAAAGAGCGCAAACGAUUAGGUAUUGGACAAUCGCAAGAAAUGAAUACUCUUUUCCGAUUCUGGUCGUUUUUCUUGCGAGAGAAUUUCAAUCGUAGUAUGUACGAGGAGUUCAGAACCAUAGCCAAAGAGGAUGCCUGCGAAGGAUAUCGAUACGGAUUGGAGUGUCUCUUCAGAUUCUUCAGUUAUGGCUUAGAAAAGAACUUCAGGCAUGGAUUGUACAAACAUUUUCAGAUGGAAACGAUAGACGAUUACAAAAAUGGACAACUGUAUGGAUUAGAAAAAUUUUGGGCAUUUUUGAAGUAUUACAAGGACUCUGAUCAACUUCCCGUGGACUCUAGAUUGCAAGAGUAUCUAUCAAAGUUCAAAAGUAUCGAAGAUUUUAGAGUUGUGGAACCUCAGAUACACGAGAUGUUCCAAGCUGCGGGGAAACGUAACAGGAGCGUUUCCGAGAGCGCGAGCGCCGAAGCUUCACGGACAAGCAGAGAACGCAGACUGUCAGGUAGCAGAAGUAGUACUACACUGCCAAUACAAAUCCCAGGCGAAGCAAGUUUCGAAGGCAGAGCAGAGAGAGUACGCUUCGACUCGGUACCUCUAUCGUAUUCCCGAACCAGAGCCGAUUCCUUCGGUUCUUCCAGGCCAUAUUAUCCACGACGGCGAAACGACUCUGCACCGAGUUCGUGCGGCCAUCGAGAUCUCAGUAAGCAGCAACCUCACGCUAGACAGAAUUCUGGUUCCUUUACGAAGCCUCACGAGGCAGGCGGCAAAUCGCAAGUCACUGCCAGAACACAAGCCAGCUCCAAGUCCGAUGCGAGUAAAUCUGUCGCGUGCAAAACGGACCCAUCGACCAGUUCCCAAAAAUGAAGGAGUGCGAUUGUUGUACUGCGAUUAUACAAGUACUCGGCCGAAUUUUAUCUAAAUGAUAUUGCGAGGCAAAGGGAUGUCAUGGUGUUCCUGUGAUGAAAGUGCUGAUAAUAUCUGCGGUGACGCGCGUAAGUGGCAGCGACUGUAAGCAGUUUCAAUGAAGCACAUGGAUAAAUUGAAGGACGCUGGCGAUCUUCUUUACGCGCAACACGAGUAUCUACGAAAGGUAAACCCGCGACGUAGUGAUUUGGACUUGCAAUUUUGUAUGUAAGAUGUACCUACUGAUAUUUAAAACCCCUUGGCGUGGCGAUACGCGCAGCAGCUAUCGUUGCGGAAAAUACUUUCGCUUUCUUCUCACAUUACUUACUUUGAUUGCAUUGUGAGAUAAAUGGCCGAGAAUGGAGGAAAACGGAAUGAUGAGAGGACGAAUGCCUGUAAAGAGUUGUGAGUGUGUACAUAUAUAUAUAUAUUUUUGCUCACGCUUUUAUUUCAUAUAUUUUUAUUGCGUAAAAACGACAAAGAUUCGCGCGGGUGGAGUAGUUACUAUAUAUAGACGUACUAUACGACGAUGUUGUUUACCCGUGCGAGUGUUUGAUGAAAAGGAUGAACGUGCUAUCUUUAUCCAAAAGACAAAUAAAUAUUGAACGUAUGCGAAUAAUGACCGCCUAAACAUUGAAAUCGCGCGAAUGCUGUAACAUAUGAAUUUAAAAACCAAUGAUAAAAGUUGUAUAAAUUGAUAAACGCGAAGUUGCUUAGAUAUGGAUCUAUGAGAACCGUUAUUAAAUGUGUACUUCUUGUAAUCAUUGAAAUAUUUCUUUACAUUCUUUUGACAUUUUUAUUCGGAAGCCUUUUCGACCAGUUUUUUUUCCUUUUUAUAGGGAAUACUUUUCUGCGAAAAAGCAUUAUUGUCCCAAUUAAACGAAAUUUUUUUAGCCUUUUGAAAACUCGCAUAAUCAACAUACUUCUUGUCUUCUUACUUAUUUUACACAUUUGUUUGCCAAGCAUAAAAUAGUAUAGAGAAUACCACAAAUGUAAUAAAUAUCAUACAAACUGGAUAAAAAAAAUAAUAUUGUCUUUACACUUUAAUGUUUGUAAACUUUUUUGCUGUAAAGUCAUUUGUAAAUUCUUUAAAGUCAUUUUUUGGAAUCAAGUUUUUAAAAAUUGCGUUGCUCAAGGUUAUCACGUGUAUGUAUAUUUUAUACGCUUUAUGCAAUAGUUAUUUUUAUAUCUUAUAUUUCACAAGUUGAACGAAAUGAAUUUAUUAUGGACAUUGACUUGUAUCGGAUUCGUUUUGUAUGAUGACGAAGUAAUAUUCGUCGAACGUUGUUCGUCAAAUAAUAUGCACUGGCUAUUAAUCAAUCAAAAGUUCAAUAGAUUUGGUAUCAACGAUUUGUUUUUUUCUUCUUGAACAAGUCGGAGAGGUUUCCCAAACUGUUAGAUUAUGCAGAGAUGUAUAUUCGAAGAGCGAUGAUAUGUUUUCAUGCCAAUAGGAAAUUAUUAGAUUCAUAUCCUGACAUCUUGGUAUACUAGUCACGCAUUAAGCAAAUUAUACCACACAUAAUUUACACAAUUUAUAUAAAAAAAGGGAGAAUAAAAGGUGAUAUACAAUUAUCACGGGUAAUUAUACAGCAAUAAUCCUUAGAGGAAGCGAACGGUAGUAGCGUUGAUUAGAGAAAGAUAUGUUAGACAGGAGAAGAUAUUGUCAAACGUGAAACGCGACUAUAAUAUUCACUUCAUUGCUUGAUUUUCCAUUAGCGAAUACUUAAUUCGCAGCUGUGUACUUGAGUGACAGUUACGAAUAACAUGUAUAAUGACAUUGAUACGCAGCGGUAUUCAUGUACAUCGGCAUACUUAUUUAGAUAUUUAUGUCAAUAGUAAGCAACGUUAAUGUCGUUCCCGAAAUUAAAACAAUAAGUGAACGAACGGACUCGCACUAACAUUAUUUGCAAUAGACGGUCAGUAAGAUACGACUUACUCCGAAUUCAGUAUCAAAUACUCGCGUGUACCGUACAUACAUUUAUCGCAAAGUCUCUUAUCUCCUUCCUUUCUUUGUCUUCCCAAGACUCAUUGCUUCGACAAGACCUUCUCUCGUGUCGUGAUACAAGAAAAUGAACGGAAUCCGAAACUUUGUCAGAUUAAAACUGAUUCUCACAAUACUGUCGAUUCGAAACAUGGCGUUAUCGAAAUUUUGCAAAUAACAUUCAAACUUGCUAAUAAUUCGAUGAGUAGUUUCAUUAAAAAGCGUGAAAUUGUAAUAUUUAAUGUGCAUUAAUUUGCAAUAAAUGGUCAGGAGAUUCAUGUGCGAUUAGGUAGCGAAAAGUGCAUCCCAUAAUAAAAAUCAUAUACUUAUUUAAAAAAAUAAUAAUAAUAAUUACAGAACGUGCCUGUCAAUACUUUGCUUCCGACAGUGAUAA